AUCGAGCUUCGCAUUUUCUGACUGACCUCGACGGCGAUCACUUCCGCCCAAGGGUACGGAAUACCCGAGGCCCUUUGGCGGCGAACAGGAAAGGUACUUCCGGUGUUUGUUGCUAAAGCGCUGGCUCGGUGGGCCUGAAGGGGAGACGGUGUUGGCGUCCUCCUCUCCCCCCUCCUGGGGGUCGAAAUGUCGGGGCUCAGCUGCCAAGAGAUGGAGGGCUGUCGUAACGUGCUCGACCUACUGGACAACGACGAGAUCUUGGCCCUAUGCGACACCGUCACCAACCGCCUGGUGCAUCCUGAGGACCGCCAAGAUGCCAUUCAUGCGAUAUUAGUGUACAGCCAAAGUGUAGAAGAACUUUUGAGACGCAAAAAAGUCCACCGAGAAGUCAUAUUUAAGUACUUGGCAUCGCAGGGAGUUAUUAUACCUCCAAAUACUGAAAAACACAAUCUUAUUCAGCAUGCAAAGGAAUACUGGACAAAGCAGUUGAAAUUGAAGGAAGCACCAGAGCCAGUUAAGACACAGGACCUUAGGGUCUUUCAGCAGCAGCAUGAGAAAGAAGAUAAAAAAGCUGAAAAAGUUGAUUUUCGUCGAUUGGGAGAAGAAUUUUGUCACUGGUUCUUUGAACUUCUUAAUUCCCAGAAUCCUUUUCUGGGAUCACCUCAAGAUGAAUGGGGGCCACAGCACUUCUGGCAUGAUGUCAAGCUUAGGUUUUAUUACAGUACAUCUGAACAAAAUGUGAUAGACUACCAUGGAGCAGAAAUUGUGAGCCUUCGUCUGCUGUCACUGGUGAAAGAAGAAUAUCUUUUUCUCAGUCCCAAUCUAGAUUCCCAUGGACUGAAAUGUGCUGCUUCUCCCCAUGGUCUAGUUAUGGUUGGAGUUGCUGGGACUGUCCACCGAGGGAACACUUGUCUUGGCAUUUUUGAACAAAUCUUUGGACUCAUCCGCUGUCCUUUUGUGGAGAAUACUUGGAAAAUUAAAUUUAUCAACCUGAGAAUUAUUGGAGAGAGUUCCCUUGCUCCUGGAACAUUAAUGAAACCAACUAUUACAUUUGAACCAAGUGAUUUAGAGGCCUUUUAUAAUGUUACCACCUUAUGUGGUACCAAUGAAGUACAACUUAGUGUAAGGCAGGCAUUGGAUAGUGGAACUGGAGACCAAACUUUGUGUAGUGGAAGUGAGGCAUUGCUGAACAAGAGAGAACUGACUUUACCUAAUCCUCUAAAGCAUUGAGCACUGUAUGUCUGUCUAAAAACCUAUACAGAAACUCUUCUGAAUACUACAUCAGAAAUGUCUAAGUGAUUUCAGAUGCAAGGAUUGAUAUAUUUUAGUUGAAACAUCUUUCCUGACUACAGACUAGCAUAUUACAUGAAUACUUGCCUCUUUCUACCUGAGUUGCAGCAAAUGAUCUGAGAGCUUAAUACAGUUCAUCAAAUAAAUACCACUUUAGGUGGUCUAACUAACAGUGUGCCUUAGAAACCAGGUAAUAUUUUCAUUUUACUUAGUCAAGGUGUGCUAAUAUCUGUACUUUUUAUGUGGGAAAGAAUAGUGUUCAAGGCUUUCCCCUUUUAAGUUUCUCAUUUACUUUUAUCUAAAUCAGGAUAAUUUUACGAAGGUGUCUCGUGACAAUAUUGUUUAAAAACAUAUUUUAGAGGUGUUUAAUGAAAACUCAAAGUUCUUAUUUUAGAAACUUGAAUGACAUUCUUAUGCAAAAAGUCCAGUAAUUUAGCAGGUGGAGAAAAAUUUACUUUGCCUUUUGAAGUUUGAGGAGCAUUUUUUCAGUCACUUACUGUAGGCCAAUCUAAAUAUUAUAUAAUCUGCAAUGUUUUCUGGACUACUUUGAGCAAUAAGUGCUGUUUUCCGACCUUAUUCUUACCUAAGUGUUCAGCUAACAGUUCUAUAGAGCAAUUAUUGUAACAACAGAUAAAGGAAGCAUACUGUUGACAUUUUUAAAAAGGUGUGCCCAGUUUCCAGCUCUUAAAUGAAUCCGUUUUUCCUCUUGAUUGAUCUUGGAAGAGGUGACCAAAAUAACCACAAAUUAUAAUAUGGGCAUACAUAUAUAUACAUGUUUAUAGACAGACUCCUACGUCAUAAAAUUAUUAGGAUUUUUCACCUCUAAUUUGUUUUACAAGGUUUGAAUUAACACCAAGUUAAGUUGCCAGAUAAUACAUACUUGCCUUAAAGUUUAAAUUCCUUAUCAUCCAGCAGCUACUUGCUGAUCCUGGAUCUAGGUGGUAAUUUUAAUUUAUAAAAAUGCAGUUUGGAACAAACUCAGUUGGGAAAUGUUUUGAUGAGGCACUGUAUCUGUUAUGUUUUUACCUUUAACACUGCUUGUGAUCGUCCACUGUGACUGAUAGGAAGUUUGGAAGCAAGAGGAAAAAAAUUCAUCUUUUUUAUUCUUUCAAUGUCAUGCCUCUUAUGAGGAGUACAAAUUGAUGUCCUAAAAUAAGAACUUAAUAAAGGAGGGAAAUCCCUUUUAUCUGUCUUAACAAUAGUGUAUUGUUUAGACUUAAAGCCAGUAUAUCUUUUUCUUAAGUUUCAAGUAUCCUUAUGACAGGUACUUGAUUAAUAUCCUAAGUAAAGGGUAAAAUUAAAAACUAUUCACAUCUGGUUUUUUGUGCUGUUGGUGUCACGUACUGCAGAAAUACUAAUACAGAUGCUCAGGAUGGGUAGAAAUUGCCAAUGGUUACCUUCAAUACUGGAUGUUUGAAUUUGUGUAAUGCUCAAAUGCUCUCAUGUUCUUUUACUCACCUUUAAAAAUUUGAAGUCUUCCUGAUAGACUUAAUCUCUUUUGAAGAUUAGAGCUGUGUUUUAUUUCUUGUGAAUCCCCAUAGCUUGGGCACACAGUAGGACCUCAUAUUUAUCUUGAAUGGGUCGAAGAAUGAGCAGAAGCAGGUUACAUACUGUAUACAAGAAUUUUGUGUAUCUAGAUUAUAUCUUUGGUUCUAUCAGUGGUUUUUUGAUCCUAUCAAAAAAUGUCUGAAUUCACAUGUGAACACCCACAAACUUUCAGGCCCCAAACUAAUUGAGCAUUUGGGGGAAAUUGUAACUUGCCUUUGAAAUUUAGUUAAUUUAAAAAGCCCAAGGUCAUAGUGUGAUAUACUAGAAGGCCCCAUUACUAACUAGAAACCAUUAUAGGGGAAGUGUAUAUACUUACUGCUUCAGAGAAAGAAGAUCUGAAGGAAGUGAAAUUUGCUCAGGAAGCUUAAAGGUUGGUCAGGCCUUUGAGAAGAUCCAGAAACACAGUGCAGAUUGAACUCUAUUUUUACUACACCAGUUGCUCUGUUUAUGUGAGGAAUGUCAAACAUCCCAGCUUUAUGUUUCUUUUGCUUCAUUACAUUUAGCUGGUAUUUGGAAAGUAUGUGGAGUCAAGUAGUAAAGAAUACAACACUCUACACAUAAUUCAAAUACCUUUAAACAAUGCAGAAGUUAGGGGCACUGACCUCUGUUGAAAAUCCACAUAUAAUUUUUGACACCCCAAAAACUUAACUACUAAUAGACUACUGUUGACCAGAAGCCUUACUGAUAAACAUAAACAUUCAGUUAACAUUUUGCAUGUGUGUCAUACACUGUAUCCUCACAAAAAAGCAAGCUAGAGAAAAAAUGUUCACAUUGUCACAGAUUUUCAAGAAGUCGUGAAAAAAAUCCACAUGUAAGUGGACCCGCAUGGUUCAAACCUGUGUCGUUCUAGGGUCAACUUUAAUUGGUUAGUGAAACCAGGUGGCUACCUGGGCUUUAUUUGCUCUAGGCUGAUUUGCCAUAGCCUAGUAAUGGUACACAUCAAGUAUCCUUUUUUGUUAAAAUAAAAAAUCUUGAAGUAAUGGUUACAUUGGGAUAUUUUGUUAGUAUCUAGAAUGCCAAAAAUAUUUAAUGUGUUUUAUUAACUAAGAUACCAAGUAACAGAAAAAAAUACCAUUUCUGUUUAGUCAACUUAUAAAUGGCAAACUCAGUCAAGAAAAUACUCCUGGGUUUUCACAAAGUAACAUUUUUAUACUAAAGGAAGGCUGAAUACCUAGUCCCAGUAAGAAAUUUUAGUAACACCAGAAAGUUUGCAUUAAUCUUUCAUAUUUUACUUUACUAAUAUCAUAGUUCUCAGAUUGUUACAUGUAAGUCACUUUUACCUCCCUAAAUUGAUAAAUUCCUGGAACUGGUGAUUCUAUUUUUUUUCAAUCUUCUUCCCCCUUAUGCCCCGCACAAGAUAAAUAAUAGCUAAAUUUUGAGUGCUUAUUAUAUGCCAGUUGCUUUUGUGUGUAUGGUGCAUGUAUUAACUCAUUCAGUCCUGUGGACCUCUAAAUGAGAUUGAUAACAUCCCUCUUUUACAAGAGAAAGGGUUGAGUAACUUCCCAAGCUUUCAGACUUAAUGGAAGAGCCUAGAUUGAAACUGAGAACCUUGUAACCACACCGUAUUGCUUCCUAAAUAUAGUAGGUUUUUGAUGGAUCCUUUUGACUGAUUAUCUUCAGUAUGUAUAUGUAAUGUACACUGUAUACUCUUAAAAAAAUUACACCUCUUAAGUUAUUCAUGUAGUAAUUUAAAACCACUUGGAGAAAACAUGCAGAAUGUUCAAUUAUGGUAUUACUUGUGAAAAAUAAUAAAGAUAAUCAGGAAAUAUUAUUUAAAACUUAACCUCAAAUUUCUUGAACUCACUCUCCUACCACGAUCUCUAAUCCUCUUCUCUUUCUGUUUAUGACACCAUGUGCCUUCAAUCUCAUAAUAGUCUUUGUUUCACACAUUGAAUAUCUUACCACACACCCACAUGUAGCAUAUCAGUAUUGUUUUCUGUUUCAGUUGCUGCUGUAAUUGGACUCUUUACCUAAACCUUGACUUAUUUUAGUAAUUUAUUUCUUUGCUUUACUAUUUUUUAUCUAUUUGUAACAGAUUAAAAUUUCCUUAAAAUGUACAGCUUUCAUCAUAUCGUCCAUGCUCAGAACUUUCACUUGUGUUGUAUUACCUCCAAAAUAAAGUCCAGACUUCAUACCCUGGUUUUCAUCACCAUCUAAGUUUGAUUCCACUCAUUUUCAUUUAUUGUUUGGUCCCAUCAACAUCUACUAAGUAGUCUUUGUAUUUAUCCUGUGCUUGCUUAGUUCUCUGCUGUCUUGGCAAGUACACACAUUCCCAAUAUUUGAUGGUUUGAUUUUCAACUUUACAAAUGAUGCAAAAGUGAAACAACACAUUCAGUGAAAACCAUACUUUGAAUUUUGAUCUUUUCGCAGUCGAGGAAUAAGGGGCACAGUACUCCCCCAUGAUGCUGAGCAGAGGCAGUCAUCUGCAGCUCGCAUUCAGCCACAUGAUCGGGAUAGAAAACAACCUAUACACUUAAAACCAUUCUGCUUCUCACUUUCGGUACAGUAUUCAGUAAAUUACAUGAGAUAUUCAACACUUACAAAUUGGCUUUAUGUUAGAUGGUUUUGCCCCACUGUAGGCCAGUGUAAGUGUUCUGAGCAUUUUUAAGGUAGGAUACACUAAGCUAGAAUGUUCAAUAGGUUGUAUUAAAUGAGUUUUCAAUUUAGGAUGUUUUCAACAUACAAUGGGUUUGUGGUGACAUGAUCCCACUGUAAAUCAAGGAAAAUCUAUAAAAAUUGUAGACUUUUAAUUUUUUUGAUGUUGCAGAUGGUUUGUUAAUAUAUGGUAGAAAAGGACUGGUUGAAAUUGAGUUUAAAAACUGGAAAUUUCUUCAACUAGGUUAAGCAUUUUUUUUCUCUUUAGUAGGAGUUUUGUGUAUAUCAUCUGUCUAUAAAAAUCUUUCCCCAGCUUCUUUUGUGGCUGCUUCAUUUUCAUCUCUGAUGAUUUGGCUUCAAUGAUUUGUUUUCUCCUCUGUGACCAAGUGGACCUUCCUCUUAAUAUUUGUUAGAGCACUUUUUUUAGGCUUAGCAUGUUAUUGUUAGUUUACUAAUUUGUGACUCUUCCCAACUAAAUUUUAAGCAGCACAUUUUAGUCAAAAGUUGUUGACAGAAGGCCAAAUUAUAAAAUGCAGUAAUCUCCAGUAAAAAUAAAGAUGAUAAAGAAUAAUCAAAUAUAGUUGAUUCCUUCAAGAAGACUGAGUAAUGGGAAUUGGCAAAUAUUUAAGAGUGACAUUGGAGACAAAUGGCAGGUUUGGGACAGGAUUUUUCUGUAGGAAGUAUGGCCCUGUAUGGUUACUGCUCAUAAAGUCAUUGAAAGUUACCUUAGGAAGUUUGAAACGGAAAACAUUUAUUUAGUAAAGACAAGAAAGUUUCCUGUACUGACUGCACUGAUUGGAAGUACAGCUUUAUGGUAGAAUGAGCUUAGGGUACAGAAAUGAUUGCAAUAGAGAAAGUAAGCAUGUCAGGGGAUUUAAUGCUGUCGAACCAGUAAUAGAACAAUUAUAAAAUCAUUAAACAUCAAUAGACUCUCUAGGAAUUUAAGUGAAAUUGCAGAAUAAAUAAGCUAUAAAUUCUGAUAACAUUAAGAUGGCACAAGAAUUUUGGACUGAGAAACUUAAUAAUAUAUCAGUAUUUUCUCUUAAAUGCUCUUCUUUCAACUUGAUAGAGUUAUUGAGCACUUCCUAUGUAGUAGAUAUUUUAACAGAAGAUGAUACAUAAAAUAUCUUCUGGUUUCUUAAGCUUUUCUCAUUUUAUUUGUAUAAAGUAAUAUUUACUAUUUAAUAAAGUUUAUUUUAUUAGAAAGUGUUUCUCUGUGAUCUCUCAUUGAUCCCCUUAUUACUGCUGUAACUAGUAUCAUCUUUUGGUGCUUAAUCUGAAUUCUAGAUAAAAUCCUAACUUUUGGAUGAGAGCAAUGCUGCUAAAAGAAUGGUGAUCUUAGGUAAAUAGUUUGGGAGUUUCAGAGGGAAAAAAUACACUGGAACAUUUUUUUCCACAUCAUAUAUGUUUUGCAGAUUUUAUGCACAGAACACAUGUUUUGCCAGUUUUAAGUGUAAGGAAAACUUCAUUAAGUUUUUAACAGUAUUAUGUUCUAUCAUGAGGUGCAUAUGUAACAAGGACUGUAUUGGUCAAUUUACCUCAGUCAACAUGAAGUCAACAGGAUGGUUCUCAUCACUGUGUGCUUUCCAAUUAAUUUUAACUUUUGCUUGUAUUUUAUGGUUGACUUACAUAUGAGGUUCAAUUCACAAAUAUGACUCAUUGAAACAGGAUGAAAAUAGUAACAAAUAAUGCCAUUCAUAAUAAUACCAUAAUGUGAAUAAUAAAACUUCAGUGUGAAUACAGAAUUAGAAUCUGUUAUGAAAGAUUUUGUGAGUGUGAUGUUAGCUGAACUACAUAAGAAAGGGGAAUGAUGAAUACCUGCAGUUCAUUCACCACAGGGCAGUUACAUGUGGCCUGUCAAAUAUUUGCACGUUGCCAUCUAAGUUUUCCCGUUAUUUUUAAAGCACAUUGAUUUCUCCGGUAAAUUAAUUUAGAUAAUUUCAUUUUUCCUGAAUAAUUGUAAACCAAUACGUCCCAGCUUAGAAUAUGUCAUGCAAGGUGGGAAAGAGUUCAGAAUUACAGAAGCAUUAUACAGAGUUGCAUUCCUUAAAAUAAAACCAAGUAUAAGACACUGUUGCCAGUUACUAUCCCAUACACCUGGCACACAGCCCACCAAGCACAUAGUGGCAGGAAGCCAUCUCACUUUAGUUCAGUCACCCUACCUCAGAAGGGUCCUUGCCUUAGAUCCAUCACUUGGACUUAGGCAUACUGAGCAUCUCGUCUUAAUGAUAAUGUCCAUUUUCUGUCUGCGUUGCAUCUUCAGGUGUAAUCUUCAGAAAUAAUGCACAUUAGCCUCAGAACCAAGAAGCAUCCUUACAUGUCAGUCUGAACUUGUAACUUGGUUCAAAUAUCAGUAAGUCUGUAACAGUAAUAAUUUAAAAAGAUACUGUUGCUGAGAAGCUUCUAAAAUCACAGCAUUAAUAAUAUAAAAUCAGAGGGAUUACAAAACUAGCUAUUAGAAAAGAUCUGUCAAAAAGAGAAUUGCAUGAUUCAGUUGCAUCAUGGAAGAGCAAUUCCUAUCACAUGUGUAGAGGGUAUUUUGUUUAGCAGACAGAACCACUGAUGUGAAGUGUCUGAAUCAUUAUUCGGCAUAUAUGUAUUAAUACAUGCGUGAAGAGUCCUUAACAAUGUCUUGUUCUGUUCAUCCCCCAAAACGCAUGAAUAUAGAAAAGAAGAUUACACUGGGAAAUAAGUUUUGGUGAUGACUAAAAAGGAUGUGUUGUGAUCUGUAAUGAUGGAACACCAGCUUUUUGGGCAGCAGUGAAGGUGGUUGUUAGGUAAAUAAAAGGGUUAUACAAAAGUCAAUCAACUCAUCCCCUUCUUAAAAGACAGCAGUUAAGUAUCAAUAAUAAACCAUUAAGAUGCUGACUCAAGUGUUUAAGGCAAUAGAAAAUACAGUUAAAUUUUAUCAGUUAAAGUCGACACCAUUUUUAUAAUUAUGAAAAACUGGGCAGGAAGUUAGAAGACUUUCUCUCUGAUAUUGUCUAUUAAGAAGAAAGGUGUUCAUACAUGGUUUUGAGAUAAGAUCAUAGAUUAAAAACAUUUUUUUGAAACACUGUUAAUGUCAGUAAAAGGCUUCUCUUUGAUUUAGGUGCCUUGUUUGAGUGGCAUAUCAACCAGUCUAUGUACUAUCUUGAAGCUACAUCCCUCCAGGUCUGUUACGUGAAUUGUAAUGGCAAAUUAAUCAGAUUAUUUUAAGAUUACACAGCUCUUGUUAGAGAUGGCUCAGUUCUACAGAGCUUCAUCCCUACCCCCACUCCCAUCCCCCAUCUCAUUUUCUUGGUAUACUGCAGAAACAUAAUACAUUGAGGGUAUUUAAUUAAAAUCAUGUCCGAAUACUGCAAUAAAACAUGAAAAAUACUUCUUUGAGCUGAAAACAAAGGACAGAUUGGGAACCCAUUUAACACCAUCUGCAUGUAGGUUUUUCUUUUGGUGACUCUAGGUUGAAGAUUAUUGUGAAAGAAAGUAUAUAACUGAAGAAGAAUUGUAUAGGUGGAUCAAUCAGAAAAACAAGUUUUGUAAAUCACAUGCCUAUUCUUAGAAUAUCAGAGCAAUCACAAGUUUUCUCUUUCUGUAUGAAGAUGGUAACAGAACACAAUUAUGGGAAAAAAGAAAACUGCUUAUUCCUUUAGAGGCUCAUCAAGUUGUAUACUAAAACCUUAUGCUAGCCAGACUCUAUAUUACUGUUCUUACUUACAGAAAAAAAGAGCAGUAAUCACCUUUUCACACAAACUGAAAUCAUCACCUGCAUUUUUCAGCAACCAUUCAAUGCACUUUCUGUUUUCAUAACUCCAGAAUUCUGGCAUUUGUCAGAGAUCAUUUCGCUAUCUUUUACUUUCCACCCAAAGUUUGGAACAUUUUCAGUACUGGAGUGAAAAAACUUUAAAAGCAAUGAUUUUCUUGUGUUCAUGUUCUAUGAAUAGCAAGUACUAGUAUUUUCAGAAUGACAUCAUUUAUCAGUAGGAAGUCUUUCCAGAAGCACAAGAGCAAGGACAUGUUUUUAUACUAUAUAUUGGAGGGAGGGGGGAUUUUCAUGAAAUUAUUUUUGUAUUUGUUGUUCUUUCCUAGCCAAAAUAAAGCUUUUUUACAUUGUCAUAAUUAGUAAGUGGGUAAAUACAUCAUAUUUUUGUUCCUAUAUUCAGAUGGCAUGCUCUGAUGUCUUCAUUUUUUAGGUUAGUCUUUGUAAGGUGGCAGUUGUGAUGCCCUUGGAUUUGCACAUUGGGGGAAGUCUCAAGAGUUGUAGACAAGUGCCUUUAAAAUACUUCUACUCCCAUUUGCUAGACUUUACAGAGUGAUGAGUUUACUUUUUAACUGUAAUAAAUGUUGUUCUGAAGACAUUAAAAUUACAGAGUGCUGUAAGUAUACAUCAUUCUUGAAUAAGCAUUGGCUAAUUUUUUUCAAAAAUAAGUGAACUUGAAUUAUAAAAAGUUUUAGGGGCUGCAUAGAACUACGGAGAUGCAUGAAUUCGUACAUUAAAUUUUCUAAGGUAAAUUUGCUUUAAAAGAUAGGUUUAUUUUUAUUCACAAAAUAUUAAUUUUCUGGGGAUUCUAGUAAAAUGUUUAUUUUAUAAGUUCCAUUUUAGAGUACCUAUUUUAAGCUAUUAAAUUUUAAUGUAUUGCAUUACAUUUUGCUAAAAACAAAUCAGUAAAGGCCUCCGCGUAAGGUAAUGUCACAAAACUACCUUGCCUUUCUUCAUCAUCGUUCUUUCCCCCAUCACAUAUUUUUCAUUCAAAAUUAAGAAGGAAUCAAGGAGACUUUAAUUCUCCUUUUGUUUAGAAUCCAAAUGCUCUGCUGAUUAUUUUGAAGGAAAGAAGCUUGCGGUAACACCUUAGAGUAGAAUGUGGAAUUUUAGUGACAUCUUGUGGCCAAGGCUUUUCUUUGAGCGUCCUGUCUCUUGUCAAGGAAUUGGCUUUGUGCUAGUGGGCUUUCAACUAGAAAACAAGUACUUCUGAGAGUACCUGAAGACUCCGAAAUUUUAAGCUCAUAUAUAGAAUUUUAAGGCAAUCAGUCUUCUAUCCUCAAUUUUGUUUCCACUCUCUA